CCUCAUUCAAAAGUUAUCUGUAUUUGCAGUUCGAGUCAGUGCGCAUGUCAAGUCCAAAAAUUGCAAAUGGCGGCCGUUGUUAUUGUUCGUACCGAAUUAACUAUUUGUAAAAUAUAUACUACCCUUUUUAGAGAUUUUUCUACAGAACUAUUAUAUUGAUGUGAUGCCCUAACUUCCCAUAAUUCGGCGCGCGCGUUUCAAGUACAAUUUUAAGUGUAUUGUGUGUUUUUUUUGUAUUUAAUGUGUGUCAUGCAAAUGGGGUAAGCUGGAAUUAUCGGAUGGCUCUUAAGUUGUUUUGGAUAGUUUUAGCAAGAAAUCAAAGUGAAGUUUUGUGACCUAGAGUGUGAAAAUGGAAACUGCAUAAAGUUUUUUUACUAUUGCGCUAUUUUUUGAGCACAGCGACAGAAAAGAACGGCCGCAAUCUGCUAAUGUUCCAUGCCGUGACUGCACUCCCCGUACGUUUCAAAAUGGCUGCUGUUCUUCACGAUAUAUGAGCUUUGCGUCACUGGAACAUAAAUCAGUGGUUAAGAUUUAUGAUGAAGUUUUGGUGAUUCUAGUCGUGUGUCUAUUGUGAAAAAUCAAAAAUUAGCGUCUGGCUAAUCCGCAGGAAUAAUUGAGUUGGGACAAUAGUGUUGUAUCAUAUGUUUUUGGAGUAGUGGACAGUGACCAUAGGACCGAUAUUGCCUUGCGUCCGAGCUGGACUGUAAUGUCGCGAUUGAAUUUCGAAGAUGAUUUGGGACAUGAGGGAAUAAAACUUUUCUGGAAUUGAGCGGAAUGUGACAUUGUAUGAGAGCAUGGCAGCGGACAGCGAUGGGCUAGGCUCGGCGGGCGGUGGGUCGUGCGGGGUCGUGGUGACGUGCGAGGGCGACCUGCGCGACCCCCGAUUCCCCGAGCGCCUGCGCCGGCUGCUGCGAGAACUGCGGACCCUGCUGGCUGAACCGAGUCCGCAUACGUUAAAAGUUAACAAGGUGGAGCCGUGGAACUCGGUGCGCGUGACGCUGUCGGUGCCGCGUGCCGCGGCCGUGCGCCUGCGCGCGCUUGCGGCCGCCGGCGCCCCGCAGCUGCACGCGCUCGGAAUACUCUCUGUGCAGGUGGACGGCGACCAGGCGGUCUCCCUGCGGCUGCAGCACGGCGCCGAGCUCACCAUACACACCCAGCCUGACGACGCUAGUACCAGUAACGCGCCGAGGCCGCAAGCCAACUCCGACCUGUUAUCCAACCUCGGCACGUUAGGGCGGUUGAUAAGCGACGCGGACGGGGCCGGCGCCUCCACAAGCACGGAGCCCCCGCCCGCUAUCAGAGACAACUUCAAAUCACCGAACACCGUGUGCCCGAUGGACGGCAAGAUACCGCAGAACAUUCCCACUCCGCCGGCAGAUGCCAGGUGCGAAUUCCCCUUCGGCAGCAUGACGCAAGCGAGGGUCAUACAUCGGAAGGAGAACACGCUCGGUAUAACGAACUCUGCCAACAUCCGUCCGGCGGAGGGUAUGUUCGUGCGUCCUUCGACGUCCGCGUCAGCGUCCGGUUCCGGUUCCGCGUUCGCUGGUCCCCCGCCCCCGUACCCGUCGGCGCCGCCCACGGUGGCGAUGUCCUCGCCGCUGCUCGUCAAUCUGCUGCAGAACGAUGCGCCCGCGCCACAGCCGAGACCGAAACCCCCGCAUCCCCAUCCCCACCCAGCCAAGCUCGACAGGCUCGAUGAUGGACAGCAGGUAGAGUUAGCGGCGGGCCGUGCUCAGUUAGAGUACCGCGGGGUGCGGGGCAGCGUGGGCGAGGUGCGGCCCCCCGCCCCCUUCGUGCGCCGUACGUUCGCCCCCGCGCGGCCCCCUCCCCCGCCCCCGCCUACUGUGCAGGGGCAACCGCCGCAGCCGCCGCCGCCGACCGCUCAGUCUACGGUGACAUAUCGUGCGCCGGCUGCCAACGCGACGGUGGUGGGCAGGGCGCGGUUCCCCUCGGGCUUCGGUCCGGAGCCGCCGCCGCCGCCCUACCGCGCCGACCCGCGCCCGCGUGUCCGCCCUCGGCCCCCGCCCCCACCCUCGCCUGCAACUGCGUCCUCCCCCGCCCCCGCUCCCGCCCCCACUCCCUCUCCCGCAUCCGCCCCACGGUUCUCACCCGAAGACCUCAAGGUGCUGCUCCCGCCUUCUACCACAUCUAUGGAUCAGAAGACGCGAUCGAGGUUCCAGGAGUUCCAGUGGUUCCAACAACAAUACAUAGCGACACAACGUGCGGCCUCACAGCCGGACUGGAACGAACCGUACCGGGACUUGGAACUGCCAGACUUGCCUGAUUCAGAUCUAGAUCAGCUCCUGCCCACACUCAGUGCAGACCUCAACCUGGAUUCGGCGUUAUCCGCCAUAUCUGACCUCGAGAACGCCGCGAAACUAUACGAGAAAGAAUCCACGGAGGGUGAUAGUAUAAGGGAAGUUUCGUACCCCAACGGGCCUUAUGCAGAGCCGACGACGAGUACGACCGAAACUAAAGAGCCUGAGUCUACGUUCAUGCCGCCUCCGCCGGUUCCCAACAAGUUCCAGACCCCGUUUAAAUCACCACCCAAUUCGACGUACAGCGUAGAUAAAGCUACCACCAGCACGACCAUGCCUCCCCCCAUGAGGCUGCCCAUCAGGGCCACCAGCUCCGUCUCUACGGCUACGGUGGGCUCCCAGGCCUCCGCCCAAGAGAUAGAGGAGCAGAGCAAGAAACAGUACCUGAUCAAAACCCUCAUGAGGGACGACGAUCCCCCGCCCAAAGAAGAAAAGAAACCCGAAGAAGUGACCGUCGCGCAAUGCAAACUGAAAGAGAACGCGGAGACUGAAGUUUUUGGCAUCGCGAAAGUGGUCACGACGGAGGAAGACCGGCGAGCCGAUGAGGAAAUGAAGCUAAAAAACAAAUUGAAGAAGGAGAGGGAAGACAAGCUCGCGCAGAAAGGGGGCAAGCCGAGAACGGUGGGUGCGAAAGAAAAGCCGGUCACGCUGAAGGAUAAGAUAGUGAGAGAUGGAAAAACCAAAGUUGCCUUAGCGCGUCCGCAGAUCGCGGCCGUGCCCGCUCCCGCCCCCGUGCCCUCUCCCGCGCCUGUGUCUGCGCCCGCUUCUGCUCCCGCUUCUACGUUACCUCCCGCCCCGUCUCCGGCGCCCCCAUCAGAAGGGCCGAAGUCGCCGGGCGAAAAAGAGUCUAUUAAACUUCGCCUUAAAUUGGACAAAAACGAGCCAGUGUAUAAAGCGGACGUCAGUUUCGUGAAUCAGCCGAAAGGCGACAAGCCCACCGACGGCGAACUGAGGGUGCCUCCUCUUCACAUAAGUCUGCGAGGUCGGAACUCCGCCGUCAUAAAGAACUCCAAGAAGGAAAAGAAGAAAUUCAACCUCGGCGAUGUUCAAUCGAAGAAACUUAAGAUCAGAAAAGCGCUAGAGACCGACGGGAAAACCCACGAGACUCCCGCCGCGAAGUCCGCUGACGUGGUGGACGACAAAACCGACGACUUCUUACUAAAAAACAUCAAACUCAACAACCACUAUGGCGAGAGCGAGCCGAUCAAGUCGGACAUAAUAGCGGCCGGCGACAACAACGUUGUAUACAGAAUGAAAACCAUAUCGAAGAACUCACAUAUAGUGACCAAAUCACAUGACUACAAACUCAACAACAAAGCCCUAGAUGGUCUCAAACCGAAGAAGAAAUCUAAAUUGCCUAUUAAUUUAUUAGAUGGGAAACAAGUUGAGAAGGAACGGGACAAAGAGUGGAGGAACGAAGCCGCAGACAAAGAGGGGAAGUACGCCCAAAACGAGGGCUACAGAGAGAACAAUCACGAUGCGAAAAAAAAACAGGAGACAGUGAAGUGUGAUAGUGACUUGUCACAGAGUGAGGACAAUAAGUGCAGUGCGAACAGUGGUAGUGGGACGGACGGAGAAUUGGACAGUCUGUUGCUCAAGUGUUUAGAGAGGACGCUCGGUGACGGUGAGAGUGAGGAGAACAAGUUGAAGCGGGCGAUGGAACCGGCCGCGCCAAACGGACUGCUGGCAGACAAGAGACGCAAGCACACCCAUCCCUGUCCAGAACCGCCUGGAUCGACGAAUGUCGGUACUAUAGUAGUACCGACACCUCGAGGGGAGUCCCCGCCCGCGCAGCGGUCAGGGGGCGUAUCCCCACGGCGCAAAGAACGACCCAAGGACAAGUCCUACUGCAAGCUGGUAGCGGAAAGGCGACCAGAUCGACCGGACCGGCCCGACGAUAAGUUCAGCAGCCGUUCACCCUCGCAAGCGCAGGGCGAAGACUCCGGCAUCGAGUCGAUGGAUGCUCUAUCGGAAAAAUCACCGAACCAAGCUAGCCAAUCGCCCCCGGAUCAGAGGAAAGAGCGGCUAGACAUGCCCAGGUCGACCAGUCCAACGUCCGUGCAGAGAAUCAUAGGCGUGAUAGAUGCGCCACCCGCUUCCGAUGAGCUGCUGGAGCGGCUCCAGCUAGCGGGCACGCCGCGGUACGAGCCCGGCCCCCCCGACAUCGACGACCUCGGGGACAUCGAGGCCGAGCUCGCCAAGAUGCACGCCGACCACGUCAACGGCGACGACGCGCCGCGACGACCAGACGACCACACCAAAGACGUCAAGCGAGAGCCCACGCCCAUACUCAGGGACGACGACAAACCGCCCGAGCAAGCCGCCACCCCCGCCACCGCCACCAACGCCGACUCCACCGAACCGACGUCCCCGAACAAGGAGAAGGAGGUAUUCGAUCCGCUGCCCAGCAGGGUUUCCCCUCCCUUGUACACGUACUCGAAUCAGGAGAAGGCGGCGCCGUCGGAGCCGGACACCGAUGAGAGGAGGCCCGCGGAGAACGGCGACGUGAAACAGGAGCCCCCUCCGGAUACGAAGCCCGAGAAGAUGGAGAGGUUGCCGAUGAAGGCGGAUUUUCCCGAUAAGAGUUUGCUCGAGCAGCUGCUCAUCGAGAUCCCGCCGGCGGAGUACGCGACGAAGAGACCGGAGUCCCCGUCGCCGUCCGCUUUGGAGAGAGUGGCCAGGAGUAGUGUUAGGACGCGGUCGAGUAGCAAGCUCAGCAGUCCGGCGGACGGACCGAGGACGCCGCGGUUGAGUCCCGGCCUGAGAGCGGAUUCGCCGGCGCUCCACCGGAACUGUCUCCGCGCGGGUUCCGUCGAUAAGCAGAGUCCGAAGCCGCUGCCGGCGAAACCCCUGCCGAUUAAGAGGAAACGCCGCGAAUCGGAGAGCUCGUGCGCGUCGACGGUCAGUUGCGAGGAGGGUAUGUCGCCCGCGGGCAGACCGAAGAAGAAGCCGAGACGAGUGGAGGGACAAAAGCCGCCGGUGCCCGCGGGGGGGAAAGCGAAGAAGGACUCGGACAGCGAUAGCGAUGAGCCUCUCAUAUGUAAAGUUCGCGGAAAGACGGUGAAAGGGGCGAAGGUGGCGGCCGUGCCCGCCGUGGUCGGUGCGAUGGCGGUUGGGGCGGGAGCGGGGGCGGGGCGGGGCAAAGGCGUGGGGGACGGGGUGGGCACGCGCAGGUCCGUCCGACACGGACCCCCCACGCAGGCGACCCCCGUGGCCCCCGCGCCGCCCAAUACCACGCCGGUCAGACGGAAAACUAGAAGUGCUGGUGAGUUUAACCUUUCAUAAGAUGUCAAUAGCAUAUCAGUUGCCCGCUGUCAAUUAACACAUAUAAAAACGCGAUUCUUAGAUAUAAACAAAAGUGGACAAUUUAAAACAAAUUUCUCCUUACUUUUUGUACAACAACACUUUUAAAAUGACGAAUAUUAACAUUGUAAAUUAAUUUUCACACAUUUCUUAAAUACACUAAAGUCGAAAAGGUUGCGUUGUGUCAAUUCUAGUGUCGACUAUAUAAAAUAAAAGUCAUGAUCAAUUCUGAACUACUGAAAGUUUCUAGACCAUAUAUUCAAAUCGUUCCAAAAUUCAGUUAACUGCAUAUGAGCUUUGGAAUUAAUUUUUAAUUUGCUAUUUACGUGUUUACACGUGCAUUAUCACUUAUAAUUAAGUUAGAAAUCCACUGACUACUUUUCUACUCAAUCACGUGUAGACCAGUCAUAAGCGAGUUGUUUAACUGUAUUGUAUCGUACAGUGGGCGAGGGCACGCCGACGGCGGGUGCCGUCAGACGUCGUCGGGCUUCGCGCGACGGCAAGUGACGUCGGCGGGUGGCGGAGCCGGUCGCCCCGCCGCUGCUACUGUUGGACUGACAUCACCACGCGGUACUAUACACACUGUUAUAUGUUAAAAGCUCCCCUUGUUGGUUAUUAGCGGUCGAGUGUUACCAGGUAGAAGCGAUAAAUUUGCAAAUUUAAGAAAUAUAUUUUUUUUGUUGUGGUCGAAUUGGAACGCCUUGGAACCUUCUGACUUCUGACUGGUAGGUAUUUUAAUAAGAUAAUUUAAUUAUAUGACAGUUUACGCAAAAGCUAGUCUUUUUAUUCAGAGUUUACGAUCAUUUCAAGCCUGACGUCAGUGAAAAACUUCCCAGAUAGACAAAUACACGAUUGUAUAUUUCAACUCUCCAUAAAUAUAUUUUCCUAUUUAGAAAUUUCUUAUAUUUUAGAAUGAAUAUGAUUACUUAUGAUUGAAAAUGAUGUCCUCUUUGAAUUAAAUUCAACAUUCUUAGAGUAAAUUGACAAGGAAAAUAAUUUUUAAUAGAACAUUAUGGAUGCAAAACUUAUAUAAAACUUGUAUAUUUUUUAAGUUUCAUUCGCUUUCAUACACCAAUCAUGUAAUUCAAUCUAUUACUGUCUCCUUUGCACCAACUUAGGUUAUUUGAUAUGACGUUCUGUGGAAAUAUAAAUCUAGAAUUCUUCAAUUGAAAGUGAUAUUCUAUGCAAAUUAUAAAAUUUUACCUGGCAACAUCGGCACGUAAUGAAUUAUACAACUGGUAAUAACAUAGCCGCGGCAAUUUAAGAAUAACAUUAUUUUAUAAUUAAUGAUUUUCGGGAAUGACUUGCAUUGUUCCGAAUGUACGCUGUGAGAAGCGAUACUUAGUAUAAUUUGUAUUAAAGAAAAUUGAUAUCACAACUGACAUGUAUUCAGAUUCCAGAGACCAUUAUUCAUAUUCUCUAAUCGAGUUGACGGUUUAUCGAUAAUCGAUGAAAUGUCGAUAUGAUCGACGUCGAUAUCGAUAAGCCGUCCUUGUUGAUUGUAUACGGCAAACUGAUAGAUAUUUUUGGUACUAUGCUCGAAACACUGAGAAAUGACCUUAUUUUUUUUUGUAAUUAUUUUUUUCUGAUUUUUUUAUUGUAGGUAUGAUAAAUCUUAACUGAUCAUGACCACGGCAUUAUAAAAACUUAUAUCGAUAAAAUAAUUAAUUUGUAAUUUUAUUUUGAUAAUUUAUUUCAGAAAAUUAUACAAAAAUUGUGCAAAAUAUAUAUUUUUUUAUUCGAUCAUGGAUAGCUUUUCUUUUGAUGCUUAAACUAUGUGUGAAUCUCAAAGUUUUGUUUAAAUUGUGUGAAAAAGUGCAAUAAUAACGAAUAUGACCAGUGUUUUGUUGUCUCUUAUUGGAAAAUUUACCCCUUUUUUGACGAAUUGUGUGAAUAGAGUUUUGACUAAAUUAUUAUGAUAUAGGAUGUUUUGUCUACGCUGUGGUCACGUAUUUUAUUUACGUGUUCGAAAUUCAUUAGCACUUACAUAGUAAUUUUGUAGUGUUGUUCAGGAAUUUCUAUACUAAUUAGUGCAUUAGUGCCUUGAUUGGAGGGAUUUAUUUGGAUGGGCGCUUAUCGAAGCAUCAUUGGUGU